GGUGGAAGAUAAGGAAGAAGCCAAAAGUGCAAAAUUAAAGGAAAAGGAAAUAUUCAACUUGGGAUAGAGGGAUCAUUUUAUCCAUUCACCUUUCUCCAAAAGCUCAAAUUGUGUGAGUCAGCCUACUCUUUCUCCAAAAGCUCCUGGACCAAAUUCAAUAUUUCAUUGCCCUUAAAAUUCUGUGGAUGGAGGGAUUAUAUGAGAUGUUAGCUUUGCCAGAGUGGUUAGGCAAUCUUUCCUCUCUUCAAAAGCUGUAUAUUAUGGAUUGCAAUCGCUUGCUGCAUCUGCCCACCGAGGAAGCCAUGCGACACCUCACCCAAUUGAAAACGCUGGAGAUUUAUGAUUGCCCCAAUUUGGAAGACAAUGAGCAGUCCAAGAUCGACCAUAUUCCAUUUGUUGUCAUACAGGAUAGCGGGCAGCCAGAUUGGUCUGAUUUCGAAGACGAAGACUAAAUCAGGAAGCUGGCAAGAAGUUUCUUUUGGGAAAAUAAUUGAGUUGAUGACAACUGUUGCCAAGGCGCUUCAGAAAAUAGCGAACUUGAUGACAACUGAUGCCAAGGCACUUCAGAAAACUAAACCUUAGCACCAAGCCAAGGAAGGGUGCUUACACAUCUGCUGUGAGAGGAACCUCCUUGAUUCUACACUACCUCUUUGAUAUGCUUGUCGCAUCAACUGCUUUUCUACCUGUUCCAGCUCCUGAAUUUUUUUAAUCAUAGCAACAACCUCUAAAAAAAUGGGAAAGUCAGAGAGUUGAAAGGUUAGGAGUACCACACGUUUGAUUAAUUCAGAAGUCAAGCAAACACUUGACACCCAUUCAAAAAUUGAUGAAACAAGAAAUAACCUAUUUUCUUUCUAUAAAUGAUAAAAAGGUGAGAUUAAUCUCCAUUACAUUUGUAAAGAGGUAGAGUGCAAUGAACAGUUUUUCAAUUAAGACACAAUAUCCACUUUUGGCCUUUUGCAAUACACAAGAAUCUCAACAAAGAAAGGAAAACUUUUUUAAAAAAUUACAGAAUCAAAAUGCAUGGAAAACGUCCUUUCUGACCAUCUCACAAUUCGUCUUUAGAUAGGAUAAGAAACUCAAGGGAGCCAUCAAUCUUUUCCACCUGCAAUUUCUGUCAGUGACUAAUUAUCCACACAACUAAAACUGAGAAGCAUAGAAAGAGACACUCUUAACCCAACUAAAUGUAUCAAUUAGGAGAGCUCUCUUAAAUAGGGACUUGUAAUAAUAUUGGUCUAUUGUUAGUAAACAACAUUCCUCUAGCAGAAUGCCAAUAUAAAAUUUACAUUUUCAAAUGAACAUUGGUUGGUGGGAUCUCUAAAAUGGUUUAAAGCCGCUGAUUCUAGUAUUUUUUUUGUUUUUUUUUUUUUGUUUUUCGUAAUUUCUUUUGGCUGGGAUGGGAAAAAAAUAAAAUAAAGGCACAUUCAAAUUUACUUAAUUUUUUAAGAAAUAUAUAACCAUUCCAUAGAACCAAAUAGUGAGAAUAUCUUGUACAGUAACUUGAGGACCUAUCAUUCAUUAAUGAGCUAUACAUUUGCAAGAAGUCGCAAUAUCUGCUUAGGGUGAAGUGGCUCAUUGCGUCACUAAAUUACAAAUACUAGUGAUCUUUGAUUGUCCCAAUCAGAGGUCAUGUAGUUUAGCCCAAAAGGGUCUAAGAUUGCCCAUAUUCUAUUUAUUGAGAUAAACCUUAGAUACAUCCUAUGUAAUAAAUAGGUCAAAAUCAUUUAAAAAUGGUAUGUUCUCUCUAUUUCCUUCUGUUUAGUGUUUUGGUUUGAAGUUGACUAAUUUUUCAUGAUUUGUUCUCCUCUCUGCUUCUUCUUCUUCUUCUUCUUCUUUUAUUUUUUAUUUUUUAUUUUUUUAUUUUUUUUUUCAGCCGUAUAUAUGUUACCAUAUUCUUUGGUUAAUGAUAUCCUAAGAGUUUUGUGACAAACCAUUAAUUCAUAUUUAACAUAUCUUACUGCGUAGCUUCUGUGUAUCUUCUACCUUUAGCUCUAUUUUAUCGUGGUUCUUCCAUGAUGGUUGAAUUUCUAUUA